GACUUUUAUAAGCAUGCACAAUAAUCUGCACUGCUAUCUAACAUAGUAUUUGAUUGGCAAAGUAAUUGAAAGGAGUUCCUGAUUUAUAAAAUAAUUAAAUUGUGAAGUUUAAAUAAUAAUGGAAUUAAUUACUCAAGUACUGAUUGGAUUUAUUAUCAUAAUCUUAGGAGUUUAUUAUUAUUUAAUAUCAAGUUGGAAGUUUUGGGAAUCAAAGAAUGUACCUGGACCUAAACCAACAUUGCCUUUUGGCACAGUAGGAGAUAUAGUGUCUGGUAAACAUCAUAUUGCAACUUACAUGAAGGAAAUUUAUGAAACAUACCCAGAUGAAGCUAUUGUUGGAGUCUACAAUGUUUUUGAGCCCAUUGCUGUGAUAAAUAAUCUGGAUCUCAUCAAGGAUAUAUUGAUAAAAGAUUUCAGUAAAUUCGUAGAUCGAGGACAGGAAUUCAAUGACUAUCAUGAACCACUUUCAGCACAUUUAUUUAAUUUGGAACCAAAAAGAUGGCGACCAUUGAGAAAUAAAUUGACUCCAAUUUUUACUUCAGGAAAAUUAAAAGAUAUGUUUCAUAUAUUGGUAGAAUGUGCUGAUCAAAUGGAAAGGAAUUUAGAGAAAUAUGAUGGAAAAAUAGUGGAUAUGAGAGAAAUUCCUGCAAGGUAUGCAACUGAUGUAAUUGGAGUAUGUGUAUUUGGAUUACAAGCUAAUGCAAUCCAAGAUGAUAACAGUUUAUUUCGUCAAAUGGGUAGAAGAAUCUUUGAUAUGAAUUUCAAAACAGCAUCAAGAAUAUUGAUAGGAUCAUUUUUCCCUAAUGUGUAUAAAAUUAUGGGAUAUUUUUUGCAAGAUAGAGUAUUGGAAAAUUUUAUCUUUGGUAUAACAAAGGAAACGAUGGAUUAUAGAAAGAUGAAUAAUAUUGUAAAGCAUGACUUUGUUGAUUUACUGAUGAAUUUGAAGAAUGAGACUGGUAAACUUGAUAAUAUAGAAUUAUCUGAUAAAUUGUUGGCUGCUCAACUAUUUGUCUUUUUUGCUGCUGGAUUUGAAACUUCAUCAUCUACCAUAGGUAAUGCACUGUAUGAACUAGCAAUAAAUCAGUCAAUUCAAUCAGAGUUGCAACAAGAAAUAAUAGAAGCGUUGAAUAAAUCUGAUGGCAAAUUAACCUACGAUGGAAUAAAAGACAUGAAGUAUUUGGAGAAAGUUUAUAAAGAAACUUUGAGAAAAUAUCCACCACUUCCAUUUCUAACAAGACGUACAGUAGUACCUUAUGAAUUUGCGGGCACUGGAAUAAAAGUUCCAGCAAAUACAAGAGUGUGGCUACCAAUUUAUGGAAUACAGAGAGAUGAAAAAUAUUAUCCAAAUCCAGAUUUAUUUGAUCCAGAGAGGUUUAGUGAUGAAAAUGUAAAACAGCGACAUGAUAUGGCAUUCCUAUCUUUUGGAAAUGGUCCAAGGAAUUGUAUUGGUGCUCGUUUUGGUACAAUACAAACUAAAGUGGGGCUAAUUACAAUUUUGAAGAAUUAUCAAGUUGAAGUAUGUGAGAAAACUGAUAAAUCCUAUGAUAUCAAAACAAGAGGAAUUCUCCUUGCACCUAAAAGUGGUAUAUUUUUGAAGCUUAAAAAAGUUAAUUACUAAGUUAUCCUAGAAGUGGACAAAAAUAAAGCAAUACUUUAUAUGAAUGUGUGAGUAAUAAGGUCGUCCUUGGACUAAACUUAUUAGUCUUAUUACUCUGUAAAUACAAGACCUAAUAGUUAACCAAGAAUUGUCUAUUUGUUACUAUUAACAAAUCAUUUUUUUCUUCAAUAUAUUCUACUUGUUUUCUGUUA